CCUCGCCUCGCGCCACGGUACGCGCGCUCAAGAUUAAUGCACAGAAAACUGAUUUAUCGCGACCCAUUGAAAAAAUAAUCGGCUGCCAGAGGAUAUGUGAUGGAGGGCCAGGACUGGCGCGACGACUGGCACCAGCCACGCCAGAUGGACGGUGUAGUAUCCAGCCAAUUCCCUAGAGGCGGGUUCCACCUUCACUCGUUGGCGGAGCGCGUGAGCCGCGAUCAAGACCAGCUACCGGUUCUUCCCCCGCUGCACAAUGUACGAGAUAACGCGGUGUGCUCACGCAGCACGUAUUCUCCGCUGCAAGCUCUCAGCGAGAGCACGUGCCGCGACCCCGGCGCGCAGUCCGCGCCGCUGCAGCCGCCACAGCCCCCGCCGAGGGUUCAGGUGUCGAGUCAGAGCGUGACGCUUCACCCAGCGGUGGCGCGAUGUAGUGCGUCACUGGAGCUGGCGGCGCUAUGGCGCAGUUUCCACGAGCUCGGCACGGAGAUGAUCGUGACGAAGGCCGGCCGCCGCAUGUUCCCCGCGCUGCAGGCGCGUCUGUCCGGCCUGCUGCCCAACGCGGACUACCUGCUGCUGGUCGACUUCGUGCCGCUCGACGACAAGAGAUACAGAUACGCUUUCCACAGCUCGAGCUGGGUGGUGGCGGGCAAGGCGGACCCGGUGUCGCCGCCGCGCAUCCACGUGCACCCCGACUCGCCCGCCGCCGGCGCGCACUGGACGCGCCAGCUCGUCUCCUUCGACAAGCUCAAGCUCACCAACAACCAGCUCGACGACAACGGACACAUAAUUCUCAACUCGAUGCACCGCUACCAACCGAGGCUCCACGUGGUGUACCUACCCGGGGAAGGGCAGGCCACUGCGCCCGGUACUGUUCCCUACCGUACCUUCAUCUUUCCCGAGACCGGCUUCACUGCGGUCACGGCCUACCAGAACCAUAGAAUAACACAAUUAAAAAUAGCAAGUAAUCCGUUCGCCAAAGGUUUUCGGGACUGCGAUCCAGAUGAUUGCCCCCCGGAGGCGGCCACGGCGCGCGGGCGGCGGCGCGAGGAGGCGCACCCGCUGGCGCAGCCGUACGGCGGCGAGCCCAGCAGCAGCGGCCCGUUGUACGCCGCGCACGCGCACACCGUGCGGUACCAGCCACACGGAGGCCACAACAGCGCCUACACAGCUUAUUACGCACACAGAUAAAUGUUACGUCACAGUAUAGGAAUUACUGUGAUAUCGUAGUGCCAUCGUGACGCAAGUGGUCUAACAGUUUAAUUAGAAUUUAAUAUUUAUAAGUAUUAUAGGUAUAGAAGAUUAA